GACAAACAUUUUGCCAAAAGCAGGCCGGAUCCAACCCAACGGUAAACCUCGUUUAACAGUGAAAUGAACACAAAACCCUAAACCCUGCCAAUAACCAGAAGCUGCUUCUAGAGCCUUCUCUUUCUCUACAAAAAGCACUCGCUCUCCACUUCCUCGGCCUCCAUUCGUGAUCUCUCUGUCUCUACCACUUCGUCAAACUUUCUCUACAAUCCCACAAAUUAUCUGUGUUUCUUCUCUCGUAAUUCUUCUUGGCGAUACUAUGCACCGCUUCACUUCUAGCCUCGCUUCCAAGGCUCGGAUUGCUAGGAGCACCACCAAACAAAUUGGAAGUAGGUUGAGUUGGAGCAGAAACUAUGCUGCCAAAGACAUAAGAUUCGGUGUGGAGGCUCGUGCUGUGAUGCUUAAGGGUGUUGAAGAGCUAGCUGAUGCUGUCAAAGUCACCAUGGGCCCUAAGGGUCGCAAUGUGGUUAUUGAACAAAGCUUUGGUGCCCCCAAAGUGACUAAGGAUGGUGUGACUGUUGCAAAGAGCAUUGAGUUCAAGGAUAAAGUCAAGAAUGUUGGUGCUAGCCUCGUGAAGCAGGUUGCAAAUGCCACAAAUGAUGCUGCAGGCGAUGGGACCACUUGUGCUACGGUCCUCACUCGAGCAAUAUUUGCUGAAGGGUGCAAGUCAGUUGCAGCAGGAAUGAAUGCAAUGGACCUAAGACGUGGUAUCAGCAUGGCUGUGGAAUCAGUUGUUACCAAUUUGAAAAGCAGAACAAGAAUGAUCAGCACAUCCGAAGAAAUUGCACAAGUUGGUACAAUAUCAGCAAAUGGGGAAAGAGAAAUUGGUGAGUUGAUUGCGAAGGCCAUGGAGAAGGUUGGGAAAGAGGGAGUUAUAACAAUUCAAGAUGGGAAAACAUUAUCUAAUGAGUUGGAAGUUGUUGAGGGAUUGAAGCUUGACAGGGGCUAUAUAUCCCCUUAUUUCAUCACGGACCAGAAAACCCAAAAAUGUGAAUUGGAUGACCCUCUCAUUCUGAUCCAUGACAAGAAAGUCUCAAAUUUGCAUGCUGUGGUGAAAGUACUAGAGUUGGCUUUAAAGAGACAAAGGCCCUUGCUGAUUGUUGCUGAAGAUGUGGAGAGUGAGGCACUGGCAACACUUAUUUUAAAUAAGCUUCGUGCUGGAAUCAAGGUCUGUGCCAUUAAGGCCCCUGGUUUUGGAGAGAACAGGAAGGCUACAUUGCAGGAUCUUGCUGUCCUCACAGGAGCCGAAGUUAUAACCGAAGAGCUUGGCCUCAAUCUUGAAAAGGUGGAUUUGGAUAUGCUUGGCAGUUGCAAAAAGGUUACAGUAUCAAAGGAUGACACUGUUAUUCUUGAUGGUGCUGGUGACAAGAAGUCCAUUGAAGAAAGAUGUGAACAGAUCCGAUCUGCAGUAGAGUCAAGUACUUCUGACUAUGACAAAGAGAAGUUGCAUGAAAGACUGGCAAAGCUUUCUGGUGGUGUUGCUGUGCUGAAGAUUGGAGGAGCUAGUGAAGCUGAAGUUGGUGAGAAGAAAGAUAGAGUUACAGAUGCCCUAAAUGCCACAAAGGCUGCUGUGGAAGAGGGUAUUGUGCCAGGAGGUGGUGCUGCACUUCUUUAUGCAUCAAAAGAGUUGGAUAAGCUGCAAACUGCCAACUUUGACCAGAAGAUCGGUGUUCAAAUUAUUCAGAACGCCCUGAAGACCCCUGUGCAUACAAUUGCUACUAAUGCGGGAGUCGAGGGAGCUGUUGUUGUUGGUAAGCUAUUGGAGCAGGACAACCCUGAUCUAGGGUACGACGCUGCCAAAGAUGAAUAUGUUGAUAUGGUGAAAGCUGGCAUUAUUGACCCGCUGAAAGUAAUUAGAACUGCUUUGGUCGAUGCUGCCAGUGUCUCCUCGUUGAUGACAACAACUGAGGCUGUUAUAACUGAGCUUCCAAAGGAUGAAAAUGAUGCUCCGGCAAUGGGUCCAGGCAUGGGCAUGGAUUACUGAGGUUGAUUUUUAGAGACUGAUCCAACCUGCCUGACAUAGAUAUUUGAACCUUUGUACCCAAUUUAUCGAUUCAUUGUUCCUAAGAUCAAAAGGCAUCAUCUAAUCAUAGUGAGUGAGUCUCGGCAUGUAGGUAGUUUUUGAUAAUUGGAUAAUGGAUUAUUGUUUGGGAAAACUUGCAUGUAAGGCUCUUUUUCCCCCCUGGCACAUCCUUAUCUUUGGCAACCAAGAGCUUGGUCAUUAUAGCCCUGUUUGUUCCUUCUCGGCAUGUAGGAAGUAUUUGUUCUACAUGUUCUAGGCAUUUGUUCCUUCUCCGUGAACCCAAGAAUAAUCUGCAAUUUGAUUAGGGUUUCUACUUGAA